UUAAACUAGCUGAUGGAGAGGAACAAGAACUGAGGACUUUACUUGAUUACAAAGAAGGAUCAAUAUUUGAACAAGAUAAACAACUGAAUAUCAUCAAAAAAAGAAAAGAGUAUAUUGAAAGGAGACUAGAGACACCAGAGUCUAAACUGAAAGUGAAACUACUGACUAGAAGGAAGUUGAUAAAUAAAAUAUUCAAAUCAAAGAAAUCAGAGACUCAGUAUUUCCGAACCUCCCUCCUAAUGAAAGCAGGAAGAGAGGAGGCAUUAGUGGAGUAUAAGAAAGAGAUUGAGUUGCUACAAGAAAAUAUAUCAAUAACUAGUGUACAACUGCUGAUGAUGAGUCAUAAGGGAAAUAUUGAGAAGAAGGAUCAGUGGACACAAUCACUGGAUACACCAACAGCAGAAUCUAUUUACACAGCACGUAUUGACUAUCAGAGAAUAAGGAGUGGUGAUCUUUCAUUCAGUGAGGGAGAGCAGCUGAAGAUAUAUAACAAGUGGAGUAGUUUUGAGUGGAGUGGAAGAUCCUUGGUGUCUGGUAAAAAGGGAGACAUUCCUAGUAGUUGUGUUUACUCAAUGUUGGAGUCACUUCAAUUGUUAGAGUUUUUACUGUCAGUGGAAGAA